CGCCUUGUAAACGCAUAGUCGUCCCGUUUAAUCAACCCCGAGACAUCAAAUACCCUCUCGACCCUAGUCCCGUCCCGUAUUCCGUAUUCCGCGUCCCGCAGUUCCCUUAACUACUGCUACCCGCAUCCAUCAAAAAAAUCCGAACCAUAACAUUCCAAAAUAGCUCCCUCUUCUUAGCCACUUAAAGUCAGAUCAAAUCCAGAUAUCCCCCCACUACACACCACGAAGAACCAGCAGCAUCCUCGAAGUUGUUUGCUCCCUACGAACUGCGGCUCUCACAUUCAAUUUCUGCCUAUACAACACCAACAUCUAUCUCAAACUCAACACUGUUUAACAAGGGAUGAUAUAACCAAGUUGGCGCAACGUAACACUUCGAUCUCGCGCAACAGCUUGCCACAAUGGCUAUCGGAAGGGAAGGAAAUGUAAAGUGGGUUGAUGGCCUACGUGGCUUUGCUUCGACGCUCGUUGUCUUAACUCACAUUGCUCGAUCUUUCGAUGGCGAGCUAUUCCUCCCGGUCUCCCACGAGGGCGCAAAGCCCCGACCUAUGCAGCUGCCCUUCCUCCGAAUCCUCGUUCAAGGUCGCAUCGGUGUUUCUAUAUUCUCUUUCGUUACUGGCUAUGUUUGCGCUCUCAAGUCUCUCAAAUUGUACCGACAAAACAACCAAGACGUUGCAUUUACUUCCGUGUCCAAGUCCGCCCUCCGCCGUGUCCCUCGAUUGGUUAUUCCUUGCGCUCUCGCAACUGUCAUUAUCUGGAUCAUGGCGAAUUUGGGAAUGUUUCUCAUUGCAAAGCAGAGCGAUUGUUGGUGGUGUGGUAAGACCGCACCCGACCGCCAGGCGACUGUAUUUCAAUCGAUAAAGCACUUGGUUGAGAAUAUCAUUUCGACUUGGACAAGGGGACAAAAUGCCUACGAUGGCAAUCAAUGGACAUUAUUGCCCUUGCUGAAGGGAAGUAUGGAGGUGUACAUAUUUAUCAUCGCCACUGCCUACAUCCAACCAUGCUUUAGGAUGGUCUUGAGCUUGAUGGUUUUCGCCUAUUUCUGGAUGGGUGCUGAUUCCGCAUUCGGUAUGCAGUUCUUCUGGGGUGUUUUCCUCUGCGACUUGCAAAACCACGCUCCUGCCACCGAAUGGCUUGUACGCCGAGCAAAGCUCUCCCGCGUCCUAGCUUUGGUCUUCUUAGUUCUUGGUCUCUACAUUGCCUCCUAUCCUGAAGGGCAUCCAGAAUGGGCAACGUGGUCGCAAUAUCAAUACAACGUAAUGAAGCACAUCUUGCCUAAGGAUGCAGAUUUUCCUCGCUUCGGUUCCGGGAUUGGUCUUGAAUUAAUCACACUGGGUCUACACUUCAGCCCUGCGUUACGUGACAUACUGUCAAGCAAAUAUCUCCUCUGGUUCGGCAAGCAAUCGUUUGCGGUUUACCUUCUGCAUGGCCCCCUUCUCCGAAGCGUUCUCUGUUGGAUGGUUUAUGGUAUCCACGUGCCUCCGCCUAUCACAAACGAUAGAGGUGAAGUCAUUCAGGGCAAACUUAUGUUCCCCAGUGGAUGGCGUCUCAUGAUCGCCCUGCCGUUCUGGAUCCCUCUGAAUUAUGGUGCCGCAAUGCUAUGGACAGGGUAUGUCGAUCCCUGGUGCGCGACUCUUACGGAGAAGAUCGUGGGCAAGGUCAUGCUACCACGCGAUGAGAAGGGUGUUUUAUUGCCGCAAUAGAGAUGUGGUGUUGACCGCCCCGAGAAGCGCAAUGACGACGAAUCCGCAAGCAAUCGGGAGAGGCAUGAAAUGUUGGAAGGGUGGUUUUCGCCGAAGGAUCCGGAGCUGGUGCUAUAAAAGUAC